CACAUGCACGUGCUGAAAAACAAAAUGGAGGUUCUUCCAUCGUCUCUUCAUCAACACAUAGACGCGAUUGCUCACGCACAAGAUGGUACCCUCGCWAUCGCGUCGUCAUCUCUGACAGACAGGAGAUGGAAUGGGUGCCUUUGGACAUUCAAAGACUCGACUAAAGCCCCCGACCCCGAGUACAGUAACGGCCGAACAUAUACUGAAUCUGGAAUAACUGAUGUCCAAUGGCUUGAUUCAACUAAAAUGGUGAUUGCACUAGACGAUGGUUCAGUAGAAAUCUGGUCACAAAGUGGUAGUUUGCCAGGAUUAGAAAACCUUGCGUCMCUAACAGAACACGAUGAUGUUGUGAAUACAAUAGCUGUCGAUUGUGCAAAAAGGAGAAUUAUAAGCGGUAGUUGUGAUAAAAGUAUAAAGUUGUGGGAUCUCAACUCAGAACAAUGUAUAAAAACAUACAAAGGGCACAGUGGAAGUGUAUUAGAUAUAGAUUGCAGUCGUACAGAACAAGAUUUAUUUAUCUCWUCUUCAGAGGAUGGCAGUGUAGUAUUAUGGGAUACCAGGAAAGCCAGACCUGCCAAGCGAUUAACUGAUCCUACUAAUUAUGAUAGUAUUCCAUACUGCAUUGAUUGGAGUCCUCUUGAUUCAAGUAUUUUUGCAUCAGGCUUUCAAGAUGGCAGUGUGCAUGUAUAUUCCAUAAAAGACACAACUAACAUUAUAUUUAGUUAUACACCUCAUGAAAGGACUGUUAAUAGAGUGGCUUUCUCUCCAAGAAGUCCUGAAUGGCUAGCAUCAGUUUCAGAUGACAACAUUGUUUAUGUACAGAAUGUCAUAAAUAACAUGGCUGUAUUACGAAGUGAUACUCAUUCAGAUUUUGUGCGAGGGCUGUCAUGGAGUCCAUUGGAUGACUCUCUCUUAACCAGUGGCUGGGACAAAGCAGUUGUCACUCACAUGUGUGGCCUCUCACCUUCCUCAGAUCUUGCUGUUGAAUUCAGCAAGUCACAAAAUACAUCAGUUAUUUCAGUUGAGAGUGAGCCACAGAUGCAACCACAAGUAAAUGGUGAUAUUAAGGAUGCCACAGAUGAUGAAACAAUGGAUGUGGCCGACUCUGAGCACAGUAAUAUUACUAAUGGUUUCAAAGCCCAUGAAUUGAAAAUAGAGGAUAUGAAACAGGAGUCUAGCUGACAUUGAUUUGCUGUUCAAAGUUGUAGUUCUUAAAUCUCAAAAUUGUUGUAAAAUAUCUGGGAAAUCAGCACUGGUGUAUGGAUUAAUCACAAUAUUAGUAGUAGUAUGGUAGUUMUCAGAAAUCUUGAAUCUCAAAUGUUUUAAAAUAUCUAAGAUAACAUCAGUAAAAGGUAAUAAAGCAGUUUCUUUCCAGUUA